UUGAAUGCUGAUUGAGAGCAGGUGAUAUCCUGUCCACACGUGUAUGCAAAGAUGGCUACUCCUGAGAAAGCAAAGAAGGCUGAAGCAACAAAGAAGAGAAAUAAGCCGGACAAGUCUUCCACAAAAAUAGAAAAAGUGGAAAGUGAAGAGGAGGAGGAGGAGGAGGAAGAAGAGAGAGUUGGAUUGCUGGAAAGAAGCCCGAUUGUAGAGGGAAAAAGAGAAAAGAAAAAGGUGGAAAGACUGACUUUACAAGUGACACCGUCUGCAAAAGAGACAUUUAGUGUUCCUGAAGGUAGAGGCACAAGGCUGGGAGAAAUUGAAAGGAUACAGUAUUUCAUGAGCAAAACUAAGGCUGAAGAUCUCAAAACUCUGCACAAAAUCUUAUACAAUAGGCCAGGUUCGGUUCCCACAUUAAAGAGAAACAUUCGUCUCUUUACUGGGUUCUCCUUUGAAAUUGGCAGUGAUCAGCACAAGAAAAAAGAAGAGGUACUGAAAAAGAAUCCAAUUACAGUAUUGAAGGUGAUCUGUACUGUCCUGGAUCUGGAAAGAAAGGGCACAAAAGAUGAAAUUGUUUCAAAAAUUUUGAACUUCUUGAUGAAACCCAAGGCAUCUGGGAAGUCAUUACCAAAGCCUAAGAAAAGGCGUCAAAAGGGUGGAAAGAAAGAAAGCUCGGGGUCCAAGAAAAAGAAAUCCAAGCCUUUAGAAGAGAUUCUUACCGAUGAAUCUAGCAGUGAGGAAGAAAAGAAAGACGAAAAAUUGUCACAUGAAAGUGACGUGGAAGAAGCAGCUGAGCCACCGAAGAAAGUGACUAAAAAAGAAAAAGUUACAACAAAAGCCGUGUCUAAAGGCAAGAAGGGGCAAAAUACCAAAGCAACAAAUGUGAAAAAGGCUGACAGUAGCACCGCAAAGAAAACUGCAGCUCUUGCCAAGAAGGAAAGUGAAUCGGAAGACGGUUCAGAUGAUGAACCGCUGAUUAAAAAACUAAAGAAACCACCUACAGAUGAAGAAAUAAAGAAAACAGUCAUGAACUUGUUGGCUGAUGCAAACUUGGAAGAAGUCACAAUGAAACAAAUUUGCAAAAAGGUGUUUGCUGUCUAUCCGGAAUAUGACCUGUCUGACAAGAAAGAUUUUGUCAAGAACACUGUGAAAGCGUUGAUAUCAUGAUAAUGAUCCCUAUUCAAAGAAACCAGCAAAGUGAUCAGAUGGCACUGCUACCAUAUUCCAUGUCGAUUGAGAAAUUGGAUUGACACCAGCACAAAUAAGAAUGCAUUUCUUUAAACGGAGAUUGUUGUAAGCCAUAUUAAAUGUCAAUAACAAUCGACCAUCUUUCAAACUAGACUUGGCUUCUCUAGCUGUAGAUCUGCCUUUUAAGACUUGAACUUUUAUCUGUUAAAUUUUCUAGUAGUGUACUAGUUUUUUUAACCUGUUUAUGAAAAUGUAAAUUUAAAUGAGUUGUGAAUAAAUUACCCAGUAACUUCAUUAUGGUUAAGCAUGUCUUAUUUCUCUCUAAUUAGAGUUUAGUCAAAUAAAUUGGAAAAGUGGCUGGUUUUCCUAAGCUUAAACCUGGAACGUAGUUGCAUGUACUGUUAAAACAAUUUAAUUAUCUUGGACGUCGAUUUGAUCGUUCUGUAUUUAAAUGUUUUCAAAGCAAGACUAUGAUUUUAAUUUUGUAAAAGGGGAAUGUUUUUUAAAAAAUUGGAGAUGCAGAAGAUGUACAUCUGUAAACUUGAGUUCUUUGUAGAACUUGUUUUGACUAUUACAUGCCCGAGCUCAAAGUGAAAUAAAAAUGCAAAGAGA